UCAACCCGGUCAGGUGUUCGAAAGAUGAUACAAAUAGACUUGAGAGUUCUCCUCCUAGUUGAAAUGAUCUAUUGUAAACAAAGGUGAAUCACUGCAAUGUGUCAAAGUUCAGCAUCGCUAAAAAAUCGAACAAUGCUCCGUUGACAUGACAUGGAUAGAGAUAGGUCACAGUCUGGCGCCAAGCGCAUGUAAUUGUAGCGCAGUUUAAUAUAGUUUUAAUACGUGUCAAGGCAAAAGGACUCGUUGCAUAAACAUUACGUUAACGUCUCCAUAACUAUACGGGAGCCUACACGUGCUUUGUUCAAAGUAUAGUUUCAUUUACAUUAUUACUGAUUCUAUUUCGAUUCUCAGGAUGUCCAAGGACACUCUGAUAACAACUUGCUGAUUUUCGCUGCAUCUGACACAAUGAGCGAAGACGUUAAAGUGAAGGAGCAAUGGCAGCUUCUACAGUGUCUUCGGUCGACUGUAGAAGGUCUGCUGCUGAAUGGCGUUUCCAAUGUUUGGAACGUUUACGGUGGUCUUAAUCGACUUCACAGUAUAAUGGAACAGAUAUUCAAACAUGGUUGUCGCGUGUUUGACCCCACGGGGGAACCAGAUUGCUGGGUUUUCAUUCAAGGAUUAAAUUGGCUCCAACCAUCCUUGGCUACCUCUCCAUCGGUUCAAGAAAGUGACGAUUACCUCGCUAAUUUACCCUCAAGGAUAGCAUCUCAUAAAGACAUGUUAUGGCUGUAUAAAAGUCUCGAGAAUCAUACAUUAUCUCAAAAAUUAUCAUGGCUUUUGUCUGACAAAGAACAUUUACUUUCCUGUUUGGAACCGUGGGCAUUCUUGUGUCAAGAAAACUUAGCCGAAGCUACCCUCAUCUGUUUGAGAGCAGUUGAAAGAAAUCAACCUGUGUUUCUCACAGAAAUAGAUCCGACUUUGUUCCUACCAAACUGGUGCUUUAAUAAAAACAGUCCAAAGAGGCACCGACGUUCUUCAUCUUAUCCAAUAAAUUUGACUGUCAUGAGACAACAAGUGAGCAGCGAAGAUAGUACAGCCAUGAUUCGAGAUGUGUGUAACAAGGAAUCUUUUAAAAGUCAAGCGCACAAAGGGGAUGAGGCAUCAGUAUUGUUGAACAAUAAUUUAGAGAAUAAUAGCUUUAAAACUGCCACAGAUUCUACAGUAAAAGAGGAUGAAAACUCAUUAUUGUUAAAGACGUGGAACAGCCUUCCAGUAUUAAGCAAAGAAAAUAUGAUCCCAGAGGGGAGUUCAACGCUACCUUCGACACCGAUUAAGACGAGUAUCACGAGUAAAAACGUCGAUCAAGAUCAACACAGUUAUAAACUCUCAGAAGUAAUUAAGGUGGAUUAUUCUGACGUUAAAUGUUCCACUCCGAUAGUUCAUGUAAAGCCGAAGCAGAAGAGUUUAUUGAAGAAGUGCAGGAGUAAAACAAAAGAGAAAAAUCGAACAAAACCAGAGAAAAGAUCAAGCGAUGGAAGCUCUGACACAUUAAAUUACGAAGAAUCAAUGAGAAACAACUUGAGGGACUCUUCACAGCAACCCGUUACGAUAAAAUUAGAGGAUCGUACAAACGACUCAGUAGAUGCAAAGACACAGCGAAAAACGAAAAGAAAAACGUCCUUCCUGCCCGGAUCUGCUCCUGAGUUUACAGGAUUGUGGGGUCUGGAGAUCGAAGGCCAGAAGGAUAUUCGCACUCCGAAAAAGAGUUUUAUGGAAGAUGGUGGAAGUAGCGUGCAGCCAAUGGCUACUGGUUAUUUUCCACGUCCUACAGAAGGCCAAAGUCUGACUAGUUUCCUCUCGUCGACUCAAUUCGCGCGCGCCAAUGCUGAGUUGGAUAGAGAGAAUGCUCAUUUCAGUAUUUCCGAAGCAAUGAUAGCUGCCAUCGAACAGAUCAAGUGCAACCGACAGCUACGAUUGGUCGAUGAAACUGUCGAAGAGAGUGACGAGGAAAUAAAUAAUCUUAAACAAAGAAUAAGGCUACGUCGUCGUCAGAAACAAGAAGAAAAGUCCAGAGCAGGAACUUGGACUCGAGAUCUACUCAGCGAUGGAAAGACGGAUACAACCACAACCGAUCAAAGCAUAAGUCCUCUAUCGACUUCUCCUGAGACGCCAUCAGAUAGUAUCUCUACUGACGAUGUCGAUGACUUGGAAAUGGAUGAUACUCAAAACCUAAUGCAACUAAAAAAUUCCGGGAUAUCCAUGUCAAUGGCAUCAUUAUACUCCAAUGCAGACAUAUAUAAAGCUUCGCCGAAACAUGGAGGAGAUUCAAAUUUAACAGAUAGCAUAAUAUCAGCAGAAGGAGUAGCACUGUCCUUGAUAAGCAAAUUCAGCGAAAAGCAACUACCAAGAGCUAGUGAAUUAGAAUGGCUCGUUUCAGAACAAGACGCACCGCAGCAACUACUACCACUGCCGAAAAGUUGGCCCGUCAGUCCGGAUGAAGUAGGAACCAAAGACAAUUCAUCAGCUAUUUCAUUGCGUGGGACACUAGAAUGGGCUCCUCCGAGACCACAAAUUAUUUUCACCGCACAUCCACCUCCAGUGCGGAAGAUACUCAUUGCAAAACAGAAUUACAGAUGUGCCGGAUGUGGAAUGAAAGUUGCAGUGGCGUACGCAAAUCGAUUCCGGUACUGCGAAUAUCUGGGAAGAUAUUUCUGUACUGGUUGCCAUACCAAUCAAGUCGCGUUAAUCCCUGGCAAAGUUCUAUCUAAAUGGGACUUCAAUAGGUACCCCGUAUCGAAUUUUGCGUACAGACUGUUAGAUCAGAUGGCAGGAGAUCCGCUGUUUCAAGUACAAGACUUGAAUCCAUUACUGUACAGGCGUGUUAAGCAGUUGGAACGUACCAGAGUAUUACGUACGCAGUUAUUUUUCCUUAAAGACUUCUUGUUAACUUGUCGCUUUGCCACAAGCAUUCAAGAGACUCUAAAGAAGGAACCAAAGUACAUGUUAAGUGAUCCCCACGUCUACUCCAUUCAGGACUUGUUCCAAGUUAAGACUGGUUUGUUACCUGCGAGAUUACAAGACAUCGUUCAAGCUUGUCGAACACACGUGUUAGAUUGUGAGUUGUGCCAAGCCAGAGGUUUCGUGUGUGAACUGUGUGGUUCCAAAGACGUCAUAUUCCCCUGGCAAUUGUUAAAAGUAAUUAGAUGUGAACAGUGCGGUGCGUGCUUUCACAUAGGAUGUAAAGAGAUUUCAACGAAAGCAGAAUGUCCCAGAUGCACAAGGCUACAAGCCAGACGUUUAUCAAGAGAAGUGUCGCCUUGACGUCAAGACAAUUUAUUUCGCAUAGUUAAUUCGAGGAUCACGGGUAAUUAAAUUAUUCCCGAACGAACUGAAACAUUAAGCCCAUCGAAGUGAACGGUGUAAAAACAUCACUGUCCUGGUCAGGACUAUUUUAUUUAUUCUAUUCGAGAUGCUUUAUAAGUGAUCGCAAGAAUUUGCCGACUGAACAUUUCCCUGGUAUUCAAAAAACUAUUAGGAAGGUUUAAUUACGUUUUGAGUAACAAAACGCGCUAGCGAGUAUCGCACCUCAUCAAAUCGUUGCACGUGUAAAUAAUUACUACUUCUAUCGAUAAUACACUUAGCAUGAAAGUCAAUGUUGAGGGAAGGUUUCGAUUAGUCAGACAAAGAGUAUUACAUAGAAGAUUGUUGUGUAAAACACCUUAAGAGAUUAUUGAUUUAUGAACAAAACGAGUUCAUCGAACGAAGAAAAAUUAACAUUCCUUGAUGUUAAAUGAUCGAUAAGGCAGUAUGCGCAUCACGAAAUGCUAGUUUUUGUUAGUACAUUUUACUCGUCCUGUUCUCGUUCAUAAUGAGUAAGGACUUCAAUUUUUGACAAUUUAUGUAUAUAUACCUAGUUUUAUGUCAAUAAUGAAACUUCAUAUGCUCGAUACAUUAUGCUCAAGAAACAGAGCAGUACACUACUGUAAAUAUUGUUUAAUUUAAACGGUUUCGUUAUUUAAUAUUUGAUUCAAAUUUAUUGUUGUAAUGUUAUAAAAUGGAUAGAGUACCUGUUGCGUGUCAUUAUGCGUUAUUUAAAUUUAUUGCUAUAUAAAUUAGUUCUCUAUCGUGCUUUCAUUUCUGCCUCGCUAAUUUCAAGUGUUUUUAUUCUAUAUCGAUUUCAUUAAAACUUUUUAUCUUUAAAGUAUACAGUGUAGUAAGUCUUCAGAUGCGCAAAAUUAGGAUGACAGAUAAAAAUUGUGAUGAUUGAUUUUAACUCAAUAGUUUCUAAUGGCUAACUAGAUAGUAGAAACUCGUGUCUUAAAAACGUUUUUUCACAAACUCGCAUCAAUGCGAACGACGGAUGAAAUUACUUUUGUAUUUAAAAACUGUUACAAAUAAACAUUUUCCACGUAAA